AUGUACAGAUUCAGUAUCUGGAAAAUUGUUUUAAUCGUCGGGGUCUUUCUGUUUUCCGUACUCUACCUCAUUCCUACCCCGGAUAACUUCUACAAUCCGUUGUACGGAAACCUACCGCUUUGGAUGCAGGAGAAACUCCCUGCCUUUGAAGUCACUGAAGACAACGCUUUGAAGGUAAAUCUCGCUGAAGUCGAGUACCCCGAAGGAAUCAACUUCCAGGAUGCAACCUUUGAACUUCAGGAUGUCUUCCGAGUCCACUUAAGGAAGCUUGAACUUGAGGAGACACGUGAUUAUGAAUUUGAUACCACGGAAGCACGCGAAUUUUAUGUUCGACUCAUCUCGGAGGAGGCACGUCAGAACCCACGCGCAACACUUGACAAUUUACAUCUAUACGGCAGCCUCCCAACGGUCCUUCGGCGACUCAUACCCGAGAGCCGAUUGAAGUUAGGGUUGGACCUCAAGGGGGGUGUUCACCUUGUCCUUGAGGUAGAUUUGGAGGCCUCCAAAACAGAACUACUCCGUGAACAUACCCUCUCGAUUCCUGAACGGCUUCGCACAGACGAUGUUUUAUGCCGAGAAGUUAGACAGGUAGAAGGACAAGACACGCUAAAUGUGUUCGUCGGGAUCCCUUCCAGACUCCGGUCGGAUGCUAAUGAAAAGACGAAGUAUCUCGAGAAAGCCCAACGUCUCCUCAACGAAAUCGAAUUUUUUGAAGAUGCACAGGUCGCUGCCGAGACAGAAACGCAGUCCACGUAUCAGUUAACACUCAGUGAGCGAGGCAUUCAGAGGUAUAGCGAACAGGCGAUUGAGCAGGUGCUUAUUGUCUUACGAAAUCGCGUUGAUGCCUUCGGUGUUUCAGAACCCUCUAUCCGACGAGAGGCGAAUCACCCGAGAAUCAUCGUUGAACUUCCCGGUGCCAAAGACUCCUCGAAACCUCUACAAAUCGUUAAGACCAUGGGUAGGCUCGAGUUUAAACUUGUUGAGAAAUCACCGACGGGUGGAAGUUUGUGGAGCGGAACUGCUAAUACACCGAUACCUGAUAAUAUCCCCGAUGGUAGUGAAGUCCGCUAUCACUACGAAACCGGCAACUGGUACGUGCUAAAAAGCCCCGUUCUCCUGACCGGCGACCGUAUCAACGAUGCUGGACCCUCUACGGGCAGAACCAGUUUUGACAUCGUCGUUUCAAUGAGUUUCGAUGGUGUCGGCAGACGCAAAUUCGCGCAGGUCACAGGAGAUCAUAUUGGUGAACAUUUGGCGAUUCUCCUUGACAGUAAAGUGCAAUCUGCCCCCGUCAUCCAAGACCAGAUUAUCGGAAACGCCAUUAUUCAAGGGCAAUUUCACCUAUGA